AUGGUGAAUUCUGUUGGCAAUGAUGUGAGCGAUUCACAGAUUCGUUUCAAAGAUACUGUGCCUGUUCGGCCAUCCCCUCUUCGAAGCGAUAGCGAGGAGUCGAAGACGAGUGUCUGGGGACGGAUCGUUGAGAAGAUUCCAAAUCCCCUUAGAGUCAAAAAGAGAGCUAAGGGUGCCCCUAAUACGAACGCGCUGGAUAUUCUGGCACCUAACUACACAAAUACCUAUGAUGUUUACGAUGAAAAGAAGUUGGCAAGACGAGCGAGGAGGGAUCGGAAGGCGUUGACUCAGCGAGUACGACGGCGUAUUCGAGAAGAGUUGAGGGAAGCAGCUCGUCUAGAAAGGAGGCGGAAGAGAAUCGCUGAUGCUAUCGAGCUGUUGCUUCAACUAUUGAGGAUGAUGACCUCAUUCGCUGUUUUAGUGGGCAACAUACGAAAAACGUUCAUACCGGCACAGAUCAAAUACCUCAGGCCGGGGCAGCAAGCCUACGAUCACUAUGAACUCCUUUUACUUUUCAGGCGAGUCUUUGACACUUUCUAA